AUGGCCCAUAACUUAUCUGUUUACCACCCUAGGGCCUCUUCAACAGCUUGGGCCUAUUACAACUACCGCCUAUUCCCAAUAUGCAGCUCCCGUCACUUUUCCAUAAAGCCUGACCUCCAACCUCCACCCACGGCUCCCAAGCCAUCAAUAAACCUCAAGGCAAUUCGCGACUUCCCAGAGUACUAUCGCCAGAAUUGCCUGAACCGGAAUUGCCCCUCGCUUGCGGGUGCGCCCGAGCGAAUAAUUACACUUUAUGGGGAGUGGACGGGACUGCAGAAGGGCUUGAGGGGGGAUAGAGAACGUCAGAAUACGCUCUCGGCGCAAUUGCGCUCUAGGAAUCCGCUCACGCAUGGUCCGCACGGUGGGGGAGAAAAAACGGAGGUUAUCGCUGAGGGGCAGGAAGCAAAGGAGAGCUUAUUGGCUGAAGCGAAGUAUAUAAAGGCUAAAAUCUCGGAGGUGGAAAAGAAUGAGAAGGUUUUGGAGAACGAGAUGAAGAAUCUUGCUAUCCAAUUACCCAACUGGACGCACAAGGAGUCACCAAUCGGGACCGAACCGAAACUCCUCGGGUAUAUUAAUCCUGAAGUUGCCCCAUCACAGCGGACCGGUCCUCGGGUUUCGCAUACUCAGAUUGGCGCCCAGUUGGGUUUGUUGGACUUUUCGGCUGCCGGGAGGGUUUCUGGGUGGGGGUGGUAUUACCUGCUUAAUGAAGCAGUGCUCUUGGAGCAGGCACUGAUCAAUCAUGCACUUUCGUCCGCAAUGAAGAGGGGGUGGAAGUUGGUUAGUCCUCCAAAUAUUGUAUACUCACAUAUGGCCUCGGCAUGCGGGUUCUCUCCGAGAGAUCAGCACGGUGAACAGCAGAUAUACACACUUGGCGGAACGGAAGGGAAAAUCCAACACUGUCUUGCGGGGACGGCGGAGAUCCCAUUAGCUGGGCUGUACGCCGACAAGACCUUUGCAGAAGACCAGCUCCCAGCGAAGUUGGUUGGGGUCGGUAGAGCCUAUAGAGCCGAAGCGGGGGCACGAGGGGUGGACACCAAAGGUCUCUUCCGAGUCCAUGAAUUUACAAAGGUAGAACUAUUCGCCUGGGGACCACCGGGACAAGAAGAAUUCUCCACCACCAAGGGCGGAUCCGUUUCCCCCACCAUAGCUACUGGAGAUUCUGGACCUGCUUCUGCAGCUGCUGCUGUGGAGGGAACCUCACCCAUCAUUAAACCUACCAACAAUACCACAACCUUCACCUCCCUCUUCGACGAAAUGCUCGACCUUCAAAAAUCAAUAAUCUGCUCUCUCGGUCUCCACGCGCGCGUUUUGGAAAUGCCAACCACAGACCUAGGCGCCGCCGCUAGCCGCAAGGUUGACAUAGAAGUCUACAUGCCCUCGCGCGAGGCCAAGGACCCUUGGGGCGAAGUUAGUAGUCUGAGCAACUGCACCGAUUACCAGAGUCGUCGGUUGAACACCCGUGUUAAGAUGGUCAGGAAGGAUGCUCCUAGCGGUGUCAAGUCUGAGUUCCCGUGGACACUGAAUGGGACCGCAGUGGCAGUGCCUAGGGUUCUUAUGGCAAUCUUGGAGAAUGGGUGGUCAGAGGAGAGGGAUGGGGUUGUUGUGCCGGAGGUUUUGAGGGGGUAUAUGGGUGGGUUGGAGUUUAUCGGGAGGAAGAAG